GUACGGUGAUCAUACAAAGUACGUUUUCAUGGAGGAUAGCUAUUUCUGCUUCAGAUACAAAAUACAGAAAGGUGAACAAUUUAAUCAAAACUUACCACGUUUAUUCGACGCUGACCACCCGCGGAGCUCCAGUCUGCCCCCGGGCGGCCCCCGAAGAAUGGCGCUCGUUAAAAAUUCAUCCUCUGGGUCCGGGCGGCGGUCACUUUCAGCCUCAUUUCCUUCACUAGAGCCGGCUUAAACCUCCUGGGUGGAAGCGUCGCCAUUGUCGGAUCCAUCCCGGAAGCAUGGCAGGUGUCACGUGACCAGGGAACUCCAGUGACGCCAGUAAAAAGGAAGCUUCAUGGAGACCAAGUUCAGGCUGUGUAGACGUGCUGUGGCAAGGUGGAUGUGUCCUCACACAGAUACUAAAGAGACCCAGCAUAAACUCACCUAGGCAUAUCUAAAGCCUCUUUUAAAGUGUUUCAUCCUAAAGAGGGCAUGCUGUGCUCCUAUAGCUAACUUGCAAAGAUGCCUGGAAAGAAAGACACCAAAAAGGACGCAAAGAAAGGUGGAAAACAAGAACCUGAAAAGAAGAAAGAAGAAGAAAAGAAAGGGAAGGAAGACAAGAAAGGUGGUAAGGAUGACAAGAAAACUGCCAAAGAUGAUAAGAAAGGAGGAAAGGAUGACAAGAAAGUAGGGAAAGAUGAUAAAAAGGGAGGGAAGGAUGAUAAGAAAGGAGGAAAGGUUGAUAAGAAGGGAGGUAAAGAUGACAAGAAGGGUGGGAAGGAUGAUAAGAAAGGAGGGAAAGACGAUGGAAAGAAGGGAAAAGACAAAGGAAAGGGGAAGAAAGUGGAGUCAGAGGAGGAAGAGGAGGAGCUCCUUAGUGAGGAAGAGGAGGAUGAGUUAAGUGAAGAAGAUGAGGAAGAAGAAGAUGAGGGGGACUCAGAGGACUAUGGAAGAGGGAGAGGGCGAGGAGCCCGUCAGGAAAAGGGUAAACGAGGGGAGAAGUCCAGGCGGGACGAAGACGAGGAAGAAGACGAGGAGUAUGAAGAGGAGGAAGACGAGGAGGAUGAAGAUGAAGAUUACGAGAAGUCCAAAAAGAAAUCAAAAGAUGACCAUCACCGCCAUAAAGAAGGGCGGUCAGAUGCUAACCCCAAAAAGAAGAAAGCAAAGGAGAAAGAGGAAGCCGCACCAAUACCUGUUAAGGAGAUCCCAAAGAAAGGCCUGAAGAACAUGUCCAGGAUGUUCAUGAAGUUCUCCGGCUUCAAGAGGCGGCGAAACAGUAGGAAGAAGCUGAAAAGCACAUCACGGCUGUUUCUCGGUCUGGGGAAGAGAAGAAACCGACUGGCUAAGAAGAAACGCCGCAAGUCCAUGCUGAAGAACACGUCUCGCUUCAUGAUGCGGUUCAAAGUCAGCAAAAAGAGAAAGAAAGAGGCCAAGGAGAAGGCGGAAAAAGGUGGGAAAAAGCCCUCCUACAUGCUGCUCCGCCUGGGCGGAGGGGGGAACUCGUCCGAUAAGAAGGGCGGAUUUUUCAAAGGCUUAUUUGGCAAGAAAAAUGGCGAUGGCCCUACUGCCGGGUUCAAGAAAGGAAGUGUGCUUCUUGGUAGAGUUGCCGCGGCAACUAAUUGGCUGACCAAACGUUUUCAGUCCGCAAAGAUGCGAGGCCAUGCGGGGCACCACGACUGGGGAGGUCACAGAGGGCAAAGCCGCCAGCGUCACCUCCAUGGAUACCAUAAUAACGGUUACGAGCACUGGGAGGAGGCGCAUGGAUAUGAUCAACAACAUCCACUCCACCAAACAGGUUAUGGUUAUGGUGACGAAGUAGCUUACACAAGCCAAGAUCCAUACGGUUACUACGACAGAGGAGCAGCCGGAGACUAUCAAGACUUGGGCUACUAUGAAGAAGAUGGUAUUUAUGACCCCAAUGCAGAAUAUUACCCGCAAGAGCUCUAUAAUGAGGAAGCAGGGGACUACUAUGACCCCUAUCUUGCUGGACAAGAGUACUGUGACAGCCAGGAAGUAGAUUACUAUGGCUACCAGCAACAACAAGCAAUGCCUAUGUAUGAAUAUGAGGGCCUAGACUACUAUGCACCAAUGGGUCAGGAUCCUAUGUACACGGUUGAUGUGAUUCCUCAGGUUUAUUACGAUGAAACUGGACAAGGAGUUGUUUAUGGCAAUGGGCAAGGGGAUUAUUAUGACAAUGGCCAGGUCUAUGCAGCAUCUAUGGAAAUGCUAGAUGGAGCGCUACAAAACUACCAAACUAGCUAUAAUGUUGUGGGUAUGCCCUACCAAGACUCUCAGCAGAUCACAGGUUAUCCUUCUGAAGGCCAGCAGGUGUUGGGCUUUGGAGGGCCAACAAUGGACGCACAAGGCCUCUAUGGGGAGCAGUAUGCAGACCAGAUGGAUCAAUAUGUGGGUGAUACUGGUGGGAUACAAGGGGGAGAGACAUUUAGAGUUCCCAGACCUCAAGUGCGUUUAUUUGGGAAAGAGCGCCUUGAUGUGCCACUUCCCCCUCCUCCUAACCUGCCACCAGAUCCUGAAUUUGAAGACAUGUCAGAUAUCCAAUAUGAAGACCAGAUACCCCUGGCUCCAGGUUACCCCACUACAAUGGUGCCAGUUGAGCAACAAAUGUCAAUGUUCCCGCAACAAAUUAUCAUGUCUCCACAAGAGCAGAUGAGUAUGUCCUCUCAACAGCAAAUGAUAACGUUGCCAUUGAUGACACCACAGCAGCAAAUGUUUGAAGAACAAAUUAUGAUGCCCCAAAUGGUAAUACCGCAGAUCAUGUCGCCACAACAGUUCCCACAGCAAGGGAUGUUGCCACACCAAUCAGGGAUGUUACCGCAAAUGAUGAUCCCCCAAACAAUGUCAGCAGAACAGCAGAACAUGUCACAGAAACCAGUAAUGUCGCCUCAGAUGAUGAUUCCCCAAACAAUGAUGUCAGCAGAACAGCAGAUGAUGUCACAACAGCCGCUGAUGUCGCCACAAAUGAUGAUUCCCCAAACAAUGAUGUCAGCAGAACAGCAGAUGAUGUCACAACAGCCGCUGAUGUCGCCACAAAUGAUGAUUCCCCAAACAAGGAUAUCAACAGAACAGCAGAUGAUGUCACAAAACACAGUGACAGACCCAUUGAUGAUUUCACAACAGCAGCAGGCUUUUGGGCCUCCAUCAAUCCCCACACCCACUGCAAUGAUUAUAAAGCAAGCAAGCAUGUCCCCCUUUCCUGCCCGUCGCUUACAACCCUCUCCAAGUUUAUCACGACGCUCUGUCAUCAUUCCAUCCCCUCAGGUGCUACAUCAUCCCAAUGCUAUGACUUCACCGGUACCCCCCCCACUCCUGCCGUUGAGACAAAUCCCAUCUCCACAUUCAGCCAUGACGAGUGGUGUCAUGAAUACCCAAAGACCCCCCUCUGUCAUUUCAAGACAGAUCUCACCUCCCACUUCCCCUCUUGUUAGUCAAAGAAUGCAACUUCAGUCGCCGCUGGCUAGAGAACCGUCACCAUAUUAUUCUCCCCGCACCUCAGUGAUUCGGCGUAGCCCUCCACCCUCACAAAGAGCCUCAAUGAUACAGCGUUCACCGCCCUCCUCGCCCCGUGCCUCCAUGAGAAGGGGAAGUCCCCCACCAUCAUCCACUCCUGCCCAAAGUCCAUUUGGAGGGAGAAGGAUGAAUAGGUCACCGUCACCUGGUCAUGUAUCCCCAGCUUUCUCUCCUCAACUCAGACAACAAUCUCCCACUCCAUCUCGCCGAAGUUUGUCCCCUGAAGUGUCUCGACCCUCAGCAUCAUCUCCGACUCUCUCCCGUCGCUCCACUCGGCUGCUCAGGGACCCCACGCCGUUAACCAGACCCAGGAUGGGGGGCAAUGUUCCACUUGGUACUGUUAGACCCUCACCUAUGGGUCUAAGAGGGCGUCCAGUACCCCCGCCUACCCAGAAUACUCCUCUCACCACUCCUCUCCCUUCCAGUCGCCUCACAUGA